AUGGCUCCCGACGUCACAAACAAGAUCCUCGGGAAGGUGAUUGAGAACUGCAAGAAGCACGUGGAUGCCACUGGUUCCAAGACAGAGGUCGUAGAUGGUGGCACUAAAUCUGUAGACUUUUUUGGUGAUGUUUAUGGCAUUAAGACCACCUACAACGAUGAAAUUCAGGCUGUGUUAUGGCAUGUGCGAGGAGAGGCGGCUAAAAGAGGAAGCAUGCGUGUCAAGAUGGAGAAAACAGCUCGCUUGAAAGCAGAAAUAAAGGAAAGAACACUUCAAAAGUUUCUGCUUUCUCAGAAAGAUGUUGUUUACACCGAGCCUCUAGAGAUUCAAGAUGGAAGACCAGUGACAGUUUUCUACAAUCCUUCAAACACGGUUCUAAAUGGAAAGCCUGAGGUUUGGUUUAGAGGCUCUUUUAAUCGUUGGACUCAUUGCUUGGGUCCUUUGCCACCUCAGAAAAUGGAAGCAGCAGAUGAUGGAAGCUCACACGUGAAGACUUCCGUCGUGGGAGGUAUUGCCAAGGAACCACCAUUAGACAUUGUUCAUAUUGUUGUUGAAGUGGCACCCAUUGCAAAGGUUGGAGGCCUAGGUGAUGUUAUGAGCAUCAAGGCUAUUGGAAUGGCCAUUAAGUUAACUAUGGAGGGAGUCAGCCAGAUCAGGUACCCACAGACUUGGUUUUUUCUCAUCGUUGUUGUCUCCUGUGUCGUUACUCAAUUGAUUUAUCUCAACAAGGAUUGGUCUGGGCAAGAUGCAGCUAGCGUAGCCUCUGAGAUAUGUGGAUUCAUCACUGUGCUCACAGGCACAAUGAUACUUCAUGGGACCAAGGAAGAGGAACAAAAAGCUUCUUCAUGCAAUGCUGAUUUGAUAUUUGGGUCUUCAGAAUCAGUAAGAUGGUAUGAGUCAAGAAAGAGCACGAACGAAGAACACCUGAUAAGCUUGUACUGCCCUGAAUACUAG